GAAGUAAGGCAAGCGUAGCAUUUUUGCCCGCAUAAAGAUACAGAAACAGUGCUGGUGCCUAAUAGUGAUCGGAAUUGUGGUAUGGAAUUGAAAUUGUGUCCAAUGUGUGCCUGUGCGAAUUAGUGUGCAUAUGUAUAUAACAUAUAAAAAUACUCGUAUAUGUACCGAAAGGAACCAACAGGUCAAGCAAAUCCUGUGAAAUAAGGAUACGAUAUUAUUAGCGAGCGCUUUGGAUUUAACAUACUACAGAUUCCAACAAUAGAUUAGCUUCAGGAGUCAUUUGCUUUCUGGGAAUUUUUCGUUAUUCAACUAAAGAUGUUGAAGUGCUGUGAAUAAGCAAUGUUCUUAAAUGCUCCGUCUACAAUGUCGAGAUAAAAGGAUCGAAGUAGCUACUGGAGUGACCAGAAGAGACCCAUGAGGCGUUUCCUUCCUCAAGCAGCGAAAGGCAGCAUCCUCCAGGAUGUGUGACGACAGCUCGUUAGGCAGUUCCCGACGGAGUUGGAAACGUUAUAGCAUUUUUGGCAAUGGAAUCAAAAGUAGAACACAGUAUCGAGAUGCAAUUGUGUCUAUCUGUCGACGCCGUUCAUCUGCGCCCUUUCACCCAUCAUCAUGGCUUUUCUUGUUAACUCUCUUCACGACGAUCCUGACGACGACUGUAUCAGGCUUCAAAAACAAUCUGCCUAAAUUUUCCGUUGGAGGUGUCAGUGAGCUGGUGGUCACAGUCAAAGAGGGGUCCGAAAGUUUAGGGAAGGUGUUAUAUCGUUUACGAGGGGAAGACGUUGAUGGUGACACGUUGACCUUUGGGGCCCUAGGUCCUGAUGGAAACGAACUACUUCGAUUUGAGCGAAAAUCGAAAACGGAAUCAGAAGUGUAUCUUAAAAAAGAGCUCGAUAGAGAGGUUCGCGACUCGUACACGAUAGUGCUUACCCUCACUGACGGAAGACUUGCGGAUGGACAAUUUAUUCACCAAACGCUUGUGAUCAUCGUUGAUGACGUAAACGAUAAUGAACCAAUCUUCAAAGCCUAUCGGACUUCGCACGUCAUGGCCGAAGGAGCGCCUCCGCAACUCGUAGACACCCUCGAGGCCACUGACCAAGAUCAAGGUCCUUUUGGACAGGUCGUUUACCAGCUACAGAAUACCGAUGCGGAGACCCUAUCGGCAUUCAAACUCCAGCAGAAAGGCACUCAAGCCCGAAUUUCACUGGUCGGUCAGCUUGAUUACGAGAGAAAAUUCGUUUAUGAACUACGCGUGCUUGCAAUUGAUCGCGCUCGGCAAGGUCCUCGACAUACUGCAACAGCAGUGGUAAUUGUUAAGGUGGAGGACUUGGAGGACCAACCACCCGUAUUUACCCAGGUUCCCGCUGUAACUCGAAUUCCCGAAGAUUUGCCAGUAGGGGCGUCAAUUUUAUCCGUUAAGGCUCAAGACGGUGACCGCGGCAUUGAUAACCUGAUUAGUUAUAGCAUUCGUGCUGGUAAUCACCUAGGCUUGUUUUCUAUCGACGAGAGGACAGGAGUUGUAACGACUAGCGGGCGUCUAGAUCGAGAAGCUACGGAGUAUCGCAAUGGUGCCUUCAUUCUUCAGAUUGAAGCGACCGAGGUGGGUUCAGCGAUCGCUGACUCCGUGGCUCGAACGGAAGUUACUGUCGUACUUACAGACGUUAAUGAUGAAGCUCCGACCUUCCGAAGUCUGCUUUAUUACGCAGAAAUCAUUGAGAAUGCUCAAAUAAAUGCGCCUAUUACAUUUCUUGGAAACGCUACCCCUGAGGUGUUUGAUCAAGACCAGGGAACAAAUGGCACGUUUCGCCUGAUUCUCGAUGACCCGGAAGGAACUUUUGAGGUAUCCCCUGCAGAGGUUAUUAAUGAGGCGUCCUUUGUGAUUCGUGUUAGACGACCUCAGCUGAUCGAUUUUGAGCAGAAAAAGGUUGUUCGAUUCAACCUGAUAGCCAAAGAAGUCAACGAAAGACCUAAAAGCUCAACGGCGGAGGUUAUUGUUUACAUACGCGACGCCAAUGACAAUUUUCCUUUGUUUCUUGAAGAAUCGUAUAAUGCACGAGUUCGAGAAGACGCUCAAGUGGGAACUAUCAUAGCACGAGUGCAGGCUGAAGACAGCGAUUCGGAGCUCUUUGGCACCGUCGGCGUUCGGUACACGAGCAUUCGCGGCCCAAUGGCGGAUAAACUACGCUUAGAUCCGAUCACUGGUGAAAUUAGCAUUGCCACGAACGAGCAUGGUUUCGACCGUGAAACGGUCCCCCAGUUUCUCGUUACUGUUGAAGCCCGGGAUGAGCUCGGAAAAGGCAGCAGGAACACUGUUCAACUUGAAGUGUUUCUUGAGGACGUUAACGAUAACCCGCCUCUCUUUGAUCUACCUGUCUACGAGGCUCGCUUAAGAGAGAAUGAUCUCCACUUUAGCAACCCUCUUGUGGUGCAUGCAAGUGAUGCGGACCAGGCGAACACAUCGAAUUCGGCUAUACGAUAUGAACUUCUCGAUUAUGUCAACAACUUCACUAUCAAUGAAAAUACUGGUGAAAUAAAACCGCGAAUUCCUGUGGACUUCGAGGCGAUAUCGCAGCCUCGCGGGGAUAUCCGUGUUCUCACUCUUACUGUGAAAGCGAUCGAUGCCGGUCAACCCCCACUAGCAAGUAACAUAACGGUCAAAAUAUUUGUUCAGGAUGUCAAUGACAACGCGCCUAUGUUUCUUCAGAACUUUUAUUUACAAGCGAUACCCGAAAAUAUUCGUGAAGGGAGCAGCGUUGUAAGGGUAGAAGCCAUCGAUGCUGAUGACUCGCCCGCUUUCUCUAAAAUCGCAUAUAGGAUAGAAAGUGGAGCUCAGGAUAAGUUCGUUAUAGACGCAGUGAGCGGUGUUAUAUCAGUGGCUCCAGGCGCUUAUCUUGAUCCAGAUCGCACUUAUCCGAAAUCCAAAUUAUAUAUGCUUACUAUUAUAGCGUUAGAUGGGGGCUUGGGCGACCAGCAAAUGUGGGCAGCCUGCCGGGUUAAUAUAAGCAUUGUCGAUGUCAACAACAAACCGCCCACACUGCGUCCACCCGGAGUUGUUCACAUUGUGGAAGACAUGGAACUUGGAGAGCAAGUUGGCCAGCUUGUUGCCACAGAUCCGGAUGAUAACCCUGACCUAAGUUACUCUCUCUGCAAUGGAGAUGAUGCUCUCGGCAGUGAAGCCAAGAACGAGGAAAGCACUCUAGUGCCAUUUAAUGCAUCAGAUACAUUUCGGGUUGACCUGAAAACCGGAAAAAUCUACCUUAGGCAACGGCUGGAUCGCGAAAAGAUAGAGGCAAUAAAAAUAUGUGUGCAGGUCGCUGACGAGGCUGGCGUAUCUGGGGAUCAACUAAGCCAGGCCAUCCUAAACAUCAAAGUUGGAGAUGUCAAUGACAACGCUCCUGUGUUUCGCAAACCAUUUUAUAGAGAAGCUGUGACUGAGAAUUCGAAAAUUGGAUCUCCAGUUGUUACCGUUCGAGCAAUGGACAUUGAUAAAAAUCGUUCUAUUACCUAUAGUCUUGAAGGGCCCUCAGAUCUAUUAAAGCUCAUUAGCAUCGAUAGAAAAACUGGAGAGGUACUCGUCAGUGACAAAAUUGAUCGGGAAACUACGUCCUGGAUCAAUGUCACAUUGAAAGCAACCGAUUCUGGCGUGCCACCCUUAACAGGCAUGACAUCAUUGAGUAUUCAGGUGCUAGACGAAAAUGACAAUAACCCAGUGUUCAUCGAAGGCCUCACAGAAUUCCACGUGUCAGAGGACAGCCCGCUCGGUACAAUCGUUGCUCAACUGGAGGCGACGGAUGCUGACGCUGGAGAACAUGGACGCAUUACCUAUGCUCUUGACCCUUCGGGUACUCAUGGAAAAUUCAAGAUCGACAAAGACACCGGAAUAAUAUCCGUGGCAGCUUUAUUGGAUCGCGAAGAUAUUCCUCAGUUUACAUUGAUCGUUCAGGCGUGGGAUAAUUACGAAGCCGGAGUUGGAACCGACCAAAGUCGACGAUCGUUCAAACAAAUUACCAUCCAUUUGAGUGACGUAAACGAUGAACCUCCUGUAAUUGUGAGGCAAGAGCCCGGCGAAUGUGCCGAAGUGUCAGAAUUCCUAAAAUCUGGUGAGACCGUGUUGACAGUUAGCGCGUCGGACAAAGAUGAACCCGGAAGCCUCAAUUCAAGAAUUGUCUUUUCGAUGGACAUCGAUCAACCUGAAAAUGAAGUGUUCGACGUUGAAACUCUUGCUGAUAAUCAGGCUCGAAUCCUGACCAAGAAUUCGAUCCGCGGGAAGGUUGGGAACUAUUCUCUAACACUGAAGGCUCGAGAUCAGGGUUUCCCGACACUUAAUUCAAUAGAGAAAUUCAAUGUUUGCGUGCAGGACGUGAAUGAUCAUGCACCGGUUUUCAUUAAACCUCCACAAAAUUACACCAUACGAAUUCCUGAGAACGCCACAAUUGGCACAAUAGUGGUCGAGGUCUUGGCGGAUGAUGCAGACCAUGGUGCAAAUGCUCAAGUGCGUUACCGAUUAAAGAGUCUUCAGAAUAAUCAUUGGAGAUCAUUUGCAAUUGAUGAAAUCACCGGCGUAGUGACACUCCGCGCUCCAUUGGACCGAGAGACGCAGAAAGUAUACGAGCUGCGGGUUAAGGCUAGUGACCAGGGAUCACCUACGACGCUCACCAGCGACCUCGACCUCACGAUCUACGUCACGGAUGUAAACGACUAUGCGCCGGAAUUCACGCAAGACGUAUUCCAGCUUACUUUCACAGAAAACAUGUCUCCCGGACAGGAAAUGUACAAACUGCUGGCCACAGUCGAUCGUGACGAUGAUUUCGGCCAAAAUAAACCCAUCCCGUGCUAUUAUAUUGUCGGUGGGAAUGAGGAUAACCAUUUUUCUUUGGACAUCUUUACGCAUCAGCUCGUUGCCACAGAAGUGCUCGAUCGUGAAGAGCGUGCCCAAUACUCUCUAAUUGUACAGGCUUCGGAUGAUUGCUUUCACCAACCACGACACGUCACUGCAUUCGAUCCAAAAGAUAAUUCCCUUUUGCAGGUUGACAUUAAGGUGCUUGACGUGAAUGACAAUCCCCCGCGCUUCGUUAGCCGUGUCUUCACAGGUGGAGUUACUACAGAAGCCAACUUUGGGAUAACAUUUAUGAAAGUGCAGGCUAUCGACAUCGAUCACGGAGAAAACAGUCGUGUGUCAUAUUUCCUUGAAGGAGAGGUGCGUCGAACCCUCAGCGAAGGUCUUGACCCGAUCCAAGGUUCGCCGUUUGUGCUAGAUCGACACACUGGAGAAAUCGCUCUCAACUUUUACCCUCAGAGAGGCAUGAAAGGGUACUUCGACUUCAAGGUCAUUGCCAACGACUCUGAGGGAUUAUUUGAUACCGCCAACGUCUAUAUCUAUCUCCUACGCGAGGAUCAACGGGUGCGGUUUGUGCUUCGAUUGACGCCAGAUGAGUUCAAGGAAAAAGAGUCAGAAUUCCGUAUGGUCAUGGCCAAUAUCACAGGGGCCAUCGUCAACAUCGAUGAAGUUAAAGUGCACGAAAAUGAUGAUGGAACUGUUGAUCGAACAAAGAGCGAUAUAUAUCUACACUUUGUUAACCGCCAUGAUAACACGAUUAUGGAAGUAAUGACAGCGAUAAGCCUCAUUGAUCAAAACUCCUUCUUCCUCGACAAACUCUUCAAAGAUUUUAACGUAUUGCAUAGUGAGCCGGCAGAAGCCUCGAUUGUGCGCAUUGAAGAAGACGACCCGUUCAAGACAUGGCUGAUGGGCCUUGUUGUGUUCCUAACUGUGAUGCUGGUUCUUGUAAUUUCGCUUUGUGUGGCCCAAAAAAAGCGAUAUCAGCGCCAGCUAAAGGCAGCAACUGUGGCAGCUUUUGGUACGAGCAACAGUGGCUCAGCUCACAUACGCCACGACUUACCUAACACUAACCAGCAUUCUGUCGAGGGCAGCAAUCCCAUUUGGAUGCAUUCGUACGACAACGAAUGGUUCCACAAGGAUGAUGAAGAUCUUCAGCGUGCACCCCACAGCGAUUCGAACUCGCUUGACGAGAAUGCUGUUGCAGAUCAAGAUCAUGAUCAUACUGACCAAGCUUCAGGAUCAGGAAGCGACAGAUAUUCAACUUCGAACCUGGUUAACGACCGCUAUGUAAUCAGUCCCCAGAGCUGUACUCAGGCUCACACGUUACAGAAGACUCAGAUGCACAGUCACGGGAAGGCGUCAGCCCCCUCUGUUCCCAGACAAGGCCAUAACCAUCGCCACGAGGUGCAUCAAGGACAUCAAGGGCUGCAUCAGGGCCACCAUCGCAACAACUUCAACACGGUCCUCGAUGUCGGCGUUGAUUACAGUAAUAUCUUCAAUGCUAAAAUGGGUACACCUAAUCGACUAGGUCAGCUUGAAGUUUCCGAACUUUGACGCAAAUUAAGGCCGCGUCCGCAGAGUCGCGUAAUGCCGCUGACAGCGGAUGGUUCCUUGACAGCCAGUGAGGAUAGUGGCGGCGGCAAAAAGCCUAGGUCCAGUCAGCCGCAGAACCAGUGCCAAGCAUCGUCGUGAGCCGAGGCUGAGCGAAGUAUUUAACAGCGGGCAUUGCUGUCGGUCAGUGGUACCGGAUAGCCUAUAAAGCAGAAGUUUUAACGUCUAAAAAAAGACUUAGAAGGCGAUAACUUAAGCCAUGAUAAAUGAAGCACAAAAAGCCUCGUAGCCAUUGUUUAUACUAACUAUGAAGAGCAAGCUCACCCAAUUAGGUGAUCGAAGACUAGUUUCCUGUAUCAAGCCCGAACGUUAAAUGGACCCUCACCUCUGGCUGCCAUUUGUCUUUGCAACUUUCCCAUAUGAGGACGGCAAAGAUAUUUAUUUAAUUGCAGUAGAUAGAAGCAUAUUCAUAGAUAUAAGAGGUACGCUACACGUAUCUUCGUUUUUCUAAAUAACCGCAUAGCAAGUCACCUACAUACGUGCAUAGAAGAAGAACAGACAAUUGCCAUGAUGUAUAUAGGUAGCGCGCAUUUGCGGCUCGACUUCUGUGCUACUUCAUGUCCUCUAAAUAAAUUGAGACGUAGAUUAAUUCACAGCUGGAUCCAAAGCUUCGGCAAAAUGUAGCCAAUCUUUACUGAAAGGUAGCAGUAGUGUUAAUAAAGAUGGUACUACAACGAAGAAGUUUGUAAAACUGUAAUAAUUCUUGUUAUCACGAAAUUCUUUUGUUUGA